AUGUCGCUAUUUUUCCGAAAGUCGAGCCUUCGACGAGCCACGACCAAUUUGAAAUCGCAACUUGACACUUUUCGUGGUUUCACAAACGAACCACUUUACCCCCAAAGCGCAUGCGAAAAAGCGACGUAUUGCUCAAAAACAAUAGCAGCGCUCGAAAAUUCAAUUUCGCUGAUCCAAUCAGCAAAAAAUGAGCUCGUCAUUCUGAUCGAUAGCGUUGAACAAGACUAUGCCGAGAUCAAGAAGCCGGAAAAAAGUAGUUUUCUUGAAGAAUUCCAGCAAGUUGCGAGUGAAACCCGGUACGAAGAAACACUGACAGAAGCUGAGGCCAUGCUGUGCGCGUUGAAAACCCGACUAGCAGAAGUUAGACAUGAGCAUGCGCUGGCAAAGAAAGAUAUCCAGAAGGAUAUAGGAAAGCAAUUUGAUGAAAUCGAUGAAAAAUGUUUUAAGGAUCAAGAAUCGCAGCAUAAGCUCAAUGUCGGAGACAAAGGAAUUUCCGCAGAUAUCGCAGACACAUCACAACAUGCGAUGGAAUGCAGCGACCAUCAGGAUACGGUAGCUACAGUAUGCCCGCCGUUGCGCGACAUUGAUUCUAUCAGCGAAAGCUUACAAAAUACGCGCACCUCGAUCAAGCCGCCUCAAGUAUCCGUUCCGCGUUUUUCGGGAAAUGCUGAAGAUUUCCAAGAGUACUGGGCCAUAUUUCAAGCUGUAGUUCAUGAGAAUUCGUCCCUGACUAAAAUGGAAAAAAUGAUCUUGCUAAAAGAAAGCCUAGUUGGAAGAGCAGCAACCACGAUCAGAGGCAUUAAAAUGAUGCCGAAAAAUUACGAAUGGAUGAUAGAAACCUUGAAAAAGAAAUACGACAACGUCACUACCGCGCGGGCGAACAUAAUUCAUCGCCUAUCCAAUCUUCAGCAUACGAAAGACAACACAGGCGAAACGAUUUUUGAUGAGUUACGUUCAUUAGUGAAUGAAAUGGUUUCAUCGGGCUAUAACGUUGUAGUAACACGUGACCCGAUGUGGACUGAAGCCAUUCUACAGAAACUCCCUAAGCACAUCGUUGAGGAGUUCUUAAGAGAAAACAAAGACGGAGAAUCGUUCACAAUCGGUGAGACGUUAGAUCGUCUUGAGACAGUAAUUACGCGGUACAAGUACGUAAAUCAACGGAUGAGAUCACAAGAAAGCAGUCUAAGCCCCACACACCCGCCACAGCAAACCAGCGCAUUCCCUGGGAGAAGUAAAGUCUGUUAUUUCUGUGGUCGAAACAACCACAGGACCUUCCAGUGUCGAACCGUGUACGAGCCCAGCGAACGCCGUAAAAUGGCCAUGGAGCAGAAUUUAUGUUGGAAGUGCUUUUCUAAGGAUCACCGCAGUAGUGAAUGCUCAAGACCAAACUGCUCUAUCUGUGCGAAACUGCAUGAUACUACACUCUGUCUCCGAAAAUCAUCGGAAACAAUGAUGCACAGGCCUACCAAUGAAAGACAACAGCCAAUCAAACCAACGACUAAAACACGUGUUAAUACAAACGCUAGCAGCGCUCAUCAAUAUGACACAACGCAAGGGACUCGACAGCACGUCCCUUUUACUCUCGCCUCAUUUAAGCCAGCCCUUCUCCCACCUGCGCUAUCAGUAGCAAUGCUGACUUGCCUAGGGUUGAUCACAGGAGGCUAUUCAUGUCAAGAAGGGUACAUGCGACACUCUGCGGAACUCAAGUGUACGCAACGCCAUGAAUGCCAUUACGAGUUUCGGCAUGAACUCAUGUUCAACAGAGUGACGCAACACCUUUGCAUUUUGCUACGUCACGAAAACAGCACCGUAGGGUACAAAAAAAUCAGACGCACGUCAGUACGCUUCGAGUGCCAGAAAGAAUCACUCUUUUGGACCAGAGAAACAAAACACGCAAUACGGUCGGUAACAAGAUGCAGGGGACUAGGCUCCUGCAUUGACACUACCUGUGAGACGUUGAAUCCCGAUCAAAUUGUCCCGGAGUUGAACGAUUCCGUGCCGAGCCCUGGAUACACUGCAUGUUCAAUACAGUGCUCUGGGAUAGACUGCAUAUGUCCCUUUCCAAUUCGAGCGUGCACUUUCUAUAGUGUCAGACAUGUGCCAGUGUCACAGAGCUCUUUUGAAAUCUUCAGAUGCUCAGGCUGGCAACCAUUGGUCACCUUCGAGAUUUCGCUGCAGGCUUACAAAAUGAGAAAACAACAGAAGAUCGCCCUCUUGCCGUACUCAUCCAAACAGUUAGGGAAUUUCAAUCUCUUGUUGAAUUCUGUUGGUAGCACCCAGUUCUCGCAUAGUCAGAAAUUUGCGCUUAGCCAAAAAGACACUUUUGCAAUACCCGAUAGCUUUGUUUUUCCAAUCCAGUGUGACUCAAAGCAGAAAGCUGAGCGGAACUUCUCAUACUGUCGUAACAUGCAUUUUUGCGAUUGCGAUGUAAGCGGGGUUACCCCUAACUGCCGCUGUCCACACAACGAACUAUCUGCUCUGCGUCGAAAUCCACAGUAUCGGCUUCCCGUAUCAACACCAUAUGCUUCAAUUUUGAGAGAGGCGAACACGAUUAUAGCUGAGACGGAUCAAAGAGAGACAACAGUAGUGAUAACCUCGAAACAGCGCUUCGAAGGAGCCCAUCUGAACAUAGACACCCCAUGCACAAUCCAAGCAGGAAUACUUGAAGGUUGCUAUAGUUGUCAUCAAGGAAGUCAAAUCAGUAUUGCAUGCUAUAGCUCAAUUCCAUCUUGGACAACAAUUGUCUGCGCGCAUCACAUAUUCUCCAUCGAAUGUAGCCCCGCAAAUAGAACAUCAACGAUCAAGAUCACAUUCGAUAGAGCCGUAGUUUCUUCGCACUGCUACACCAUCUGUGGCGGCAAUAAUGUUACGCAGUCGGGGCCGGCGGAGUGUCGCGUUAGCGACGCCCACUUAGGGUCCGCUCCUCCGGGGCUCCAACACGCCGCUCAUGUUAGUCGAUUCAUUGCACGAUUGUAA